AUGUGUUCAACCCUCACUCUCCUCUCCGUCUUCCCUCACUCUCUCUCUCUCUCACUCAGAUCCCAACACGCGUUCAUGGAGAUGCAAUGAGAAUCUGAUUGCGAUUCAUUUUCCGAUUAAUAUGGAUUUAUUCUGCGGAGAGUGUUCCUCCGGCGAAUCAACGGCUGAGCUCUCAUCGGAGGAAGUUGAAUCAUGGCCUGAUGAUUCGAUCGCGAGCUGCAUCGAGGACGAGAGGCACUUUGUUCCAGGACUUGACUACCUCUCUAGGUUCCACUCUCAGUCUCUCGACGCUUCCGCUAGAGAAGAGUCCGUCUCAUGGAUACUCAAGGUACAAGCGUAUUACAGCUUCCAGCCUUUAACGGCGUACCUCGCCGUUAACUAUAUGGAUCGGUUUCUCUACGCUCGCCGAUUACCGGAAACGAGUGGUUGGCCAAUGCAGCUUUUAGCAGUGGCGUGCUUGUCUCUAGCUGCCAAGAUGGAGGAAGUUCUCGUUCCUUCUCUUUUUGAUUUCCAGGUUGAAGGAGUGAAGUAUAUAUUUGAAGCAAAGACGAUACAAAGAAUGGAACUUCUUGUUCUGGAUGUUUUAGAUUGGAGACUACGAUCUGUUACACCCUUCAGCUUCCUCAGCUUCUUUGCUUAUAAGAUCGAUCCUCUAGGAACCUCUCUCGGGUUCUUUCUCUCCCAUGCCACAGAGAUUAUACUCUCCAACAUCAAAGAAGCGAGCUUUCUUGAGUAUAGGCCAUCGAGCAUAGCUGCAGCUGCGAUUCUUUGCGUAGCCAACGAGCUCCCUUCUCUAUCCUCUGUUGCAAAUCCCCGCGAGAGCCCUGAGACCUGGUGCGAAGGAUUAAGCAAAGAGAAAAUCGUGAGAUGCUACAAGCUGAUGAAAGCAAUGGCCAUAGAGAAUAACCGGAGAAAUUCACCAAGAGUGAUAGCAAAGCUUAGAGUGAGCGUAAGAGCAGCAUCCACAUUGAUAAGGCCAAGCGAUGAAUCCUCCUUCUCAUCGUCGUCAUCAUCAUCCUUAUCUUCUCCAUCUAAAAGGAGGAAACUGAGUGACUACUCAUGGGUAGGUGAUGACAAUUGACAAAUCCAGCUCUGAAUAAACUAAGGGGGAAAUAGAGUUAAUAACAUAUGAAGUACAUAGUUAAUAAUAAGUUGGGUGGUAUUAAAUCUAAAAAAAAAAACAUAAUUAGUGGGGUUGGUGAGAGUGUUUCCAUCCAAAGGGGAAGGAAUAAGAGUUUAAUGAAACAGUGUUUGUUUACGACUUUUAUGGGAAGGUAAUAUUUGGGGUUGGUUGGGAGAGACAAUGCUCAUCAUUAAUGACUUUGCAGAUUCCCAAUGAGAAGAAAGUAAAGUAAAAAUAAAAGGUGAGUGAAUGUAGACGACACACGUGUGAGAAGAAGAUUAUGACUUUUGAGUGUGUGUGUGUGUGUGUGUGCAUGUGAGAGGGAAGGGCACAUGAUACAUUACAGUCUACAGGUAGUGAAUGGUGUUGAUAAGACGGGGAGCGUAUGAAAAAGAAGAUUUUGAGUGAAAAGCUUGAAGAUUUCAGACAGAGAGAGAAGCCUUUGUCUUAAUGGAUCGCAGCAGUCGGUGGGCCCUUAGCUCCUCUCCGAGUAUAUACACUACUCCAUUUGUUUCUUUUUUUGUGAUUCGUUUGUGUGCCGACUGCACGUGCCGGAGGCGUGUGUCGCACGUGUUUUUGUUUGUUUCUCUUCAAAUCUUUUAUUAUUGGCGGGAAGUUUUGUGUUUUGAUUUAAAUUUACAUGUACCUGCUCUUACUGGGUGUUAGAGCACGGUGAUUUUUUUCUCAUAUUAUAUGCAUGCGUGUAAGGCGUCACGUGAGUAUAUAUAAAUUUCUUUUUUUCA